ACAAUAUGAGAGCCUUCAAUAAUUCACUGCCGAAAGAAGCAGACUUUCUGCAAAUAUAGAUAGUGUUUUAAUUUAUUGCCUGUUGGAUUUUGAUAACUUCAUCAAGAACUAACACUGACAAGAUGAUGAAUCUUUCCCAGGCUUGUUUUUCUGGAAUGGGAAUGGACGAUCUGUCAUUCCUGGAUCAGUUUCAAAUCUUGCAGUCGAUUGAGCAAGAACUUGCGGCUGUACUUGGAGAAGAUGUCCUUUGUUCUUCUUCGCCGGAAGAGGGGUCGCCGCCGCCGCCGCCGCCUCCGGCGGCGACGACUAGCCAUCUCGGCGAAGAUGACAGACCGUCAAAACAACUAAAGAACCACCACCAUCCUAACCUUGACGUUAACCCGACGGAGCAGCGUCAAGAACUGGUCACCAGUAACGCGAGCGCCGAGCAGGAAACGGUGCCGCCGGCGGAGACAACGACGAAAAAGGGGGGGAAAUCCGGGAGACGCGGCCGGCCACCUACCAAUACGUAUGAUCAUAUAAUGGCGGAAAGGAAACGGCGGGAGCUUCUUAGCCGUCAAUUUCUAGCGCUGUCUACCAUAGUCCCCGGCCUCAGAAAGAUGGACAAAACAUCGGUUCUUGGAGAUACGAUCAAGUAUUUGAAACAAAUACAAGAACGUGUGAGGUUAUUGGAGGAAGAAUCGAGCAAGCGAAGCAUGGAGUCGAUCAUGUUCGUAAAUAAAUACCAGGAAUCAUUCGACGACAAUGAUGAUAUGUCAUCCGGCAAAAAUGAAAAGUCCGAGGAACAGCCACGGCUAGAGAUUGAGACAAGGUUGUGUGACAAUCACAUUCUACUAAGAAUACACUGUGAACGGCAUAAAGGGGUGAUCGGACAAAUAUUUUCCGAGGUGGAGAAGCUUAACCUAGCCGUGGUCAACUCGAGCGUGGCACGUUUUGGGAGCUUGACUUAUGAUAUCACCAUUAUCGUUGAGAUGUUGAAAGAGUUUGACUUGCCGGUGAAACACAUUGCAAAGAACCUUCGUUAUGCAAUCCAAAAUGCUAGCAAACAUCAUGAACUAAAAUAAGAUAAUCCAACAUGCUAUGCUAGCAAACAUCAUGAACUAAAAUAAGUUAAAGUCUUAUGUAAGACCAUUUCAUUUGAGAUGUGUAAUAUUUUUAAUUAAAAUAUA